UUUGAAUAAAAACUGCAAGUAGAACAGAUGUGGCGUGUUACGGAUGACGAAGUAGUAACGAAUAGAUUUACGAACACGUACUAAACGCAUGACAUGUAUCAAUGCAGAUGGAGUAGGACGGAGUAAGAGGACCGUGAAGAAAAAUAAUACAAUUUACAUUAUUAUUACCUACGCGUAAAUAAAUGUAUCAAUUAAUGUGAUUAAUGUAUUAUUCGCCAAUGAGAUGAAACAAAGUGAUAUUUGUUGUACAUGCUGUUGCGCAAAUAUUAUAGUUCAUCAAACAUCACCAAUCUGUUGAAUUGUAUUUUGGGUUAUGUCACCGAGAAAUUAACUGUUUUCAGUUACCUUCAUAACUAUCUUCAACACCGACUGUAAUUAAUGUUGAAAACGUGUAUUCGCUUUCUUAUAUAUACAAAAUUUCGCGCUAAAUAUCAGAAAAUGUACAAGAUGCGCGAACGUUUAUAGAACAAGAUUAUAAACAUUUCCUGACACAAUCUCCAAUAUUUUCGAACAAUAUACUUACAGAGUUUAUUUUACUAUUAUUAUUUUCUAUUAUUACUUACAGAGAAAGUGAAAUCUGUUAAAAACUUUAUUAGGUGAAAUUAUUUAAUCGCGUAACAAAGCUUUCGUUGAAAAAACCAUAUUCGUACACUUUCUAUUGUACUUUUCAUGUACAGAACGAUAAAAAUACGUGAAAAAUGAGUGCGUUACAUAAUUCUGUAAUAAUUUGUGAUGUAUUCCCAAAAUCAAAGCGAAAGAAAACCCCGUUGGGGAAUAAAAAUACACAGAAGAUUGCGAAAAAGAAAACAUUCUACGAGAGCCCCUUAAAACAUAUUCAUUUAAGUAGUAAACGAUGGGAGCAGCUACAGAAACAAAAGCAAUUAUUGAAUAAUACUAAACAAACUGUUACCAAUAAAAAGAAUGUUUUCUCUUCGGUGGAUACAGGAUUUAAUGAUAGUGUAAUUGUUCUAAGCGACAAUGAAAGCGAAUCAAAUAAUUAUGAUGAGCAAAGUAAUGGUAAAAGUAAUGCAAAUACCAGAAAGAGACCUUUGGAGCAAUCGUAUGAAGAGAAACAAACUGGGAUUAAUAGCUUAUGUAAUUCAAAUAAAUCUACAAAACAAAAAGGAGACAGAAAUGAAAUUUUGUUUAGGGGAAAAAGGCAAAAGAUGAAUUCAGAUAAUGAUUCGUCUUGUCUUUUGAUAUCGGAUACAGAGGAUUCUGAAAUCACAACAGUUAGUGUAGAUGAUGAAAACAUAGCACCACCAGUAUGUACGAAUCAAAGUUCAGAUGAUAUUGUUGUUGUAUGGUCCUCUGCACAGCAAUCUUCGACCGAAACUCAAUCUGAAGGAAACAAAAUUCCAAAUCCUGAAAAAGAUAAUAGACUUUUUAUGAUAGACUGCAGUCCGAAUAAAAAAAAUCUUAGUUACUUAGAAUCCAAUACAGCAACAACAUCAAAAAAAUGCAAAAAGAAUAGUAAAGAAAAAGAUCAGAAUGAGGAUCUCGAGUUACUUUUCAAUAAACCUGGACUGGUAUUGCCUAAAGCGCGCGAUAUAAGUAGAACAAUAGUAAUGGAAAAAACGAAAUCAAUUUUGAAUACAUUAACAAACAUAAACCCUUAUACACCAGAAUUACCUAGCACUUCAACGGUUGACAAUGCAACGUCGAUACCGCAAACUAUACCUCCACCACCCAAUGGAUUAAGAGAAAUAAUUAUCGAUGGAAAUAACGUAGCUAUGGCGCAUACGAUUGGCAAAGGAUUCUCGGAAGAAGGAUUAAGGAUAGUCAUUGAUUAUUUCCAACAGAGAGGACAUUCUGUGAAAGUGUUUGUACCUCAGUAUAGAAGAUCAGUAACUAAGCCAUUUCUUGAAAAAUGGUAUGCAGAAGGGAUAGUAGUUUUUACACCGAGUCGCUUUAUUGCCGAUAAAUGGAUAACUUCUUAUGAUGAUCGAUAUAUAUUACAAUACGCGACUAUGUGUCAAGGUAUUGUGAUUAGCUUGGACCAGUAUAGAGAUCUGUAUCGAGAAAACCCAGCGUGGCGCAACACAAUUGUAAACAGAUUGCUAGCACCAACUUUUGUUGGAAAUUAUGUUAUGUUUCCUGAAGAUCCUUUAGGCAGAUCUGGUCCUACUCUGGAUGAGUUUUUAAGACAUUCGACGUAAGAAGUACAACCGACAAACCAUGUAAAUAUUAAAUAGCAUCAUAAACAGUUAUAAGUUUGUAUAGAUAAGUUCUCCUAAAUUUUUUAAUAAGAAAAAUUCUGUGUUAAAGUACACAUUAUAUGUAAAUAUAUAAACAUACAUUUACAUAUAGUGGUUACUAUUUCCGAGUAUACAGAAACAUUUUCAACGAAACAUGUUU